CUUUUAAAUGCAUAUAUAAAUGUUGUGUAUAUUUAUUAUGGAGUGUACAUGAGUUUAAUUAUGUUGUCUCAUAUAUGAUUUAUUACGUAGCUUUUAUUUAGGUAUAUGGAUUAAAAUUUAAUACUGAGUUGCCACUUGGCAAAUUUUAGCAUGAAGAGCAUUGCCACACGUAAAAAAUUUCUCUAAAGCAUUCCAUCAAGGUUUGCUUUAUUAUACGGAGUAUUAUAUAGAUUAGAAAUUCAUAUUUGUUCUACAUCCAUUUGAACGAUCCAUUGAUGGAAAUGCAGUCCUUUAUCUCGAGAUGGGACAGGCAAACGCGGCGGCUCCGCCUCGAGAGGCGCAGUGCUCUCUUAUCGCUAACCAGGAUCUUUACUCCUAAACUUAGAGGCCUCGCUUCUAGGAAGCGGAUAUUCCGUUAUCUUCUUAUUAGCAUCGCCUUCAUAGCAAUUAUCCCGCCCCUCUUCUUUCACUUCAAACUCCGUCGCUUCAUUCAGGUGCAAGAACAGAAAUGCAGUUGGUUGAGAAAUCCUCCUUUGGUCUGUGCUCAUGGCGGGGAUUCUUCAAUGGCUUUUCCAAACACAAUAACUGCAUACAAGACUGCUCUACACUCUCAGGUGGACUGUAUUGAAGUUGAUGUUUCUCGUUCAUCUGAUGGAGUUCUGUUUGCUCUUCAUGACAGGCAGGGAUUUGCAGCAUAUAUCUGGGAAUGACACAUUCAAGGCUGGGUACUUAAGCUCAAGAGAGAUUAAAGAGCUUGUACCAAGUUUUGAGCUUCAACAGAAGUAUCAUGAUCUUGGAGUUCCUACAAUUGAAGAUAUAUUGAUGUUUAUAUCAGGUUCAGUACGGGAAGUAAUUCUAGAUGUAAAAGUUGGCCCUCCUUUAUACGAAAAAGGACUUGCUGGCAAUGUUGUUUCUUCUUAUACAAAGUUAGGGUGCAAGAAUUGUGUUGUAUGGGCCAAAAGUGACAAUAUUCCAAGAGAUGUGCUUAGACUUGCACCAGAUGCCACGGUAGGUUACAUUGUCAUGAUGGACCCUUCAACAGGAACUAGAACACAAUUACUGAGGAUGAGAGGUGCGUGGGUGGUCGGCGUCUACCAUCCUUUAAUUGAUGAGAAGCUUGUUAAAGUCCUGCAUGCGAGAAACAAAAAGGUGUAUGCAUGGACAGUUGACGAUGAAGAGUCGAUGAAGAAAAUGUUAAUUGAACGUGUGGAUGCUAUCAUCACUAGCAACCCAUCUGUACUGAAGCGUGUCAUGCAAGAUGCAAAAACACAAUGCCUUGAAGACGGUUUUUCAUUGUCUGCAUGACAACACAUCCGGAAUUAGAAGCUCCAUUGUUGCAGUACACGUUAUCAGCUAUUUCAUUCUUUACUUAUUGAUGUUGCUCACCUCUGUAAUAUCUGGAUCUAUUUAUGACAAGAUAUUGUACGUGAAGUAAUAUUGAUGGCACUAUGGCAGUACACAAUUUCAUGCUCAUUGUUACACUCUGCGAGCUGCUGCCGUGCCCUCUUUAGGGAUAUACUUCAAAAAAUAUUUAUUUUGUUACCUGUCUUUCUAGAUUCUGAGGCAAUGACUUGAGGUAUGUAGUGCAACAUGUAAUGGAGCCAUGGAGGCAAGGAACGGAGUAAUAGAAUUAUAUUGACUAUGCAUACAUGUGUUAUUAUGAAGAUUGGGACAUCGUUCUGCACUAUGGUGGUUG